AUGCCAGAAACAGAAUUCAGCCCGUCCUCGUUUGCAGGCGACAUGCAGCUACGAACAAGAAAGGCGCGCAACUUUGACAAGGUCGAGCACGACCUGCCCGACCCUAGAAACCCAGCUUUACAGCGAGUUCAGACCGCGGCGCUCGCUGCUCCCAUUAAUAUCUCGGCAUGGCUCUCCCGUCUCGCGAACCUGAACCCUUUUGGCAAGGCUGUCGAUAGCGGCGAUAUUGUCUGGCUCUUUGAUAACACGGCGUACCGGAAUCCAGACACGAACGAGUGGGAGGCCGAGUUUGUUGCUGCAGUAUUCGAGAACGAGCCCAAGUGUCGUGUCGCAGACAUUGUAUCGAGCAUCGCCAAGACGUUGGGUAUUGCAGAAGAUGCAGCGGAGCGUGAUGUCAUCGAGGAGAGGAUAAUUCCGUUCCUAUGGGACAUUCAAGCCGCGAGAGUAUUUUGGCUUGAGCACCGUAAGAAGGAGUUGAGGUUGGGGCCGACGAGCGUCAACGGCAUCACGACGAGUGUCAUGCCCCUCGAGCGCUAUCAUAAGGGAUCUGUGGUCGAUGCGACGGCUCUGGUUCCUAGGGAGGUCAGGGGCAUACUUGAUAUGCAGACUUAUUAUGCUGGGCCUGAAGGAUGGGGCGUCAUUUCAGAUAUUGACGAUACCAUCAAAGUCACCAUGACAAGCGAUCCUCUGGGAAUUCUCAAGUCCACCUUUGUCGACGAGCCCACCCCAGUUCCCGGAAUGCCUGAGCUCUACUCGGAUCUUCAGUCCCUUCUACCCCGCGACACUCCUUGGUUUUAUCUUUCCGCUUCGCCCUACAACUUGUAUCCAUUGUUGCGCGACUUCCGUGAUCGUUACUUCCCACAAGGCACACUCGUGCUGAGGGACUCGAGUUGGCGGACUGUCGCGGGAUUGUUGUCGGCGUUGACGAUGGGGACGGAGGAGUACAAGGCCGAUCGCAUGAAGAAGGUUCACUCGUGGCUACCGAAGAAGAAGAUGAUUGUGAUUGGAGACUCUACGCAAUCUGAUCCCGAGGCGUACGGCGAGGUAUACCGAGCCUUCCCCCACUGGAUCAAGAUGAUCCUCAUCCGCAAGGCCACUGAUGUAGCCUCGUUUGGCAUCGAAGAGAAGAAUCAACCUGAGCGUUUCGAGAAGGCGUUUAAGGGUGUGCCGCGCGAGGCUUGGCAUGUCUUUGAGGACCCCAGCGAGUGCCGGCGGAUUGUGCGCGAUGUCGUUCGCAAGAGGUCGUGGUAG